UUGGUUCUCCUCUCUAGCACCGCCUCGCAUACCGCUGGCUACUGACCUCAGUUCCUGGUGGCUCACAAUCACGGGUUGUGCCCGGAGCCCGUGGAGGCCUGGGCAGUGUGGUCACAAUGAUGGAGCCGCGGGAGGUAAAGGAUCGAAUCUUGGAGAACAUAUCGCUGUCUGUUAAAAAGUUACAAAGUUACUUUGCUGCUUGUGAAGAUGAAACUCCUGCCAUACGAAACCAUGACCGGGUCCUGCAGCGCUUGUGUGAGCAUCUGGACCACGCUCUGUUGUAUGGAUUACAAGACAUCUCAUCUGGUUACUGGGUGCUGGUGGUGCAUUUCACACGCAGGGAGGCAGUGAAGCAAAUUGAGGACCUACAGCAUGUGGCGACUCUCCUGGGCCGCAGUCGGGCCUGGCUGUAUCUGGCGCUGAAUGAGAACUCCUUAGAGAGUUACCUGAGGCUGUUCCAGGAAAACCAAAGCUUAUUGCAAAAAUAUUACUACAAGUGAGAAUCGCCCCUUGUGUGCAGCCAUGACCAUCUCACCCUUUUCCCUUACCCUUGGUGUCUGGGCUUGAGUUCAAUCAGAUUUGGACUGGAGCUGGAUGUCCCAUACGUUGACGUGGCUCCAUAUAUGCCUGAUUACUACAAACCACAAUACUUGCUGGAUUUUGAGGAACGCCUUCCUAGCACCAGACACAACUCGGACAGCCUUUCUCUCAACUCGUUCAAUUCUGCUAACUCUGCUAACCUGGAGUGGGACGAUAGCGCCAUCGCCCCAUAACUAUCGCCCAUCCGAGCGAGGGGCUUUCCUGCAGUGUCGUCCAUGCCCAGUAAAGACUGGAAGGUGGGGACUCGUCAUUCCCUAUGUAACACUCCUUUACCUUCCCGUGUCUUACAUAGUCGCUCCACAAUACAAGGAAAGGAACCCACCACACAGGUAAAUCCGUUUUACACAGACCUGUCGUCAACUGAUGUUACCCCAGGGGUCUGGGACAGCUGCCCAGACACCUGACACCCAGCGAACCCAUUACACAGGGGUUCAGAGCAGGACUUAACCUCCUUGGAUAUACUCCUCUACUACAACCAGCCCCCAACGAGACUACAGACCUUACAUCCCGACAGCACUGACAUCAACCAAGAUGCUGUAGAUGGCUUGUCCACCCUCUGAGUCAACACCAGUGCCAGUUCAAGCCAAAGGAAUGGGACUGCUUUUAAUUACGCAAAUUUUACCCGAAAAAAAAGCACAGAGCUGGAGGUCAUCAGGUGAGUGUUGUGUAAGAAGAAAUAAACCCAUUUAAGGAGGAGAGGUCCUCUCAGUGGAUGGAAAACUCAUCGCCCAAUGCUCAGUGCAUCUGAUCCAGAGGAUCCUGAAGCUGAUCAAGACAAGAGGUCGACUUCUUGUAAUGAGGUUCUGGAGGAGAAGCUGUGCGACCUCCCCGACCAAGCUCGCUUGCCCAAAAUGCAGGACACUUCGAUGGAGCGUGUUGGGCAGCCGCUAAGUGAGGUUAUAGAGAAGCUAAAUGGUGAGCUGGACCCUCGUGGCUGGAAUAGUCACCCCGAGCCCACUGACCAGUCCUUUCGGACUUGCCCUCCCGGGGACACUACCGGGGGGCACAAAGUCAGGACGAUAGCCAGGGAAAUUUCUGACCCCAUGGACUUCUACCACUUUACCCCAGAGAGUCCAAACACUUCUGCAACAAGUUAGGUGGCAACCAUGACCUCUGCAGGCCAAAGCCAACAGACACAUGUUUUUGUGGCCCUCAGAACUGAUCGACAAGAAGAACAGGGAAGAACAGUAAAGGAGGAGACUGAAAGAUCAUUAGAUGUGACGAGAGAAACACUUUUGACAACUCCCUCUUGUGAAAAGAGCCCUGUGCUCAGUAUUGCAGAGGACUCUGGGGUAGAUGAGGGUCAGGGCCCUUGUGAUGCGCCACAUCCUUGUGAAUUCAGGGUGGAUAAUAAUCUGCUUUUGCUGCUGAUGAUUCAUGUGUUCCGAGAAAAUGAAGAGCAGCUUUUUAAGAUGUUUCGCAUGAGCACAGGACACAUGGAGGGCGACCUGCAUCUGGUGUAUGUGCUGCUAACGAACUGUUACAUCUACUUACUGAGGAAAGGUGCUGCUGACAAGCCGUACAUGGUAGAGGAUUCUAUUUCCUACAGCGAGCUUGAUUACAUCUCUGUUGGCUUAGAUCAGCAGACAGUGACUCUUGUUUGUAUGAACAGGCGGCGGCAGUUCCUGUUGGACACUGCAGAUAUAACACUAACAGAGAUCUUCUUAGCAGCAUUGAACUCCGUUAUGAUCAACCUCUCCCGUGACGCCCCCUUUCCAGGAAUCUUAACUGAUGCCACCAUGGAGCGGCUGGCGCUGGCCAAGUUUGUAUCUCUGGAGUCUAAACAGGAAGCUUCUGAGGUGGUCACUCUGUUUUAUGGUCUGGUGCAUUGGGAAGAUCCCAUGGACGAUGCUUCGGGAUUGAUCAGCUCUCAUCAUUCAUUCAAAGAACAGUCUGUGUCCAAGGAGGGAGUUCUCUAUUAUAAAGCCAGCACGUCCUACCUGGGCAGGGAAAACUGGAAAAGUUGCUUUGUGGUUCUCAGUAAUGGAAUCUUGUAUCAGUAUCCAGAGAGGACUGAUGUUAUCCCGAUGCUGUCCAUUAACAUGGGCGGAGAGCAGUGCGGAGGCUGUCGGCGAGCGAACAACACCGAACGGCCCCACUCAUUCCAAGUCAUCCUCACAGACAAACCUUCACUGGAGCUGAGCGCGGCUAGCGAGGAGGAGAUGUCCGACUGGAUGUUGCACUUGUGUCAGGCCGUUUCUAAAGGGGUUAUCCCUAUGGGAGUGGCUCCCUCCCUGUGCCUCCCCUGCUGCCUAGUGCUAACUGAGGAUAAGGUGAUCACCUGCCACCAGGACUGCCAGACCAGCUUCUUCCGAGCCCUGGGGAUCUCUGAGCUGUGUGAUGUCGCUUCCCUGAGCACCAAGCAUGGCAAGGAAUACUGUAUACUGGAGUUUGCACAGGAUCGCAAUCAGUUCCUGCCCCCCUGGGUUCUAUACUUCAGCUGCCGACAAGAGUUGGAGAGAUUCACUUCUGCGCUUGGAGCUGCUUGGAAAGUCGCGUACCAGGUGGAUCUGCCGCACAAGCCAAUUCAGGAGGCCUCCCUGAGCAAGUGUGAGGAUGCUUUGUCACUUAUACACAGUGCCUGGCAGCGCAGUGACAGCUUGUGCCGCGGACGCUCCUCUCGGGAUCCUUGGUGUUGAUAAAAUCUCAAGAAGACACUAGAUGACGAGUAGAAAUGCAAAAGCUGCCCUGUGGUCUCAUGGGUAACUUGUCUGGUAGUCGAGCAAGGACAAAGGAAGACGAGCUUUGAACGCCGUGUGUAGAAGCUGUUGCUCCUCGUGUCUCUUCUACCUCUCCUGGAAUGGAAGACUCAGCCGCCUCCCUGUCUUCAAUACGUUGUUGUGGUCACGUUGGCAUUGGACUGGAUUACGGAGCUCACUCUCCACUUUUUACGUUGUAAAUGCCUGUUAAACAGAAUUGUAUAUCUUUAAAUAUAUAUUUAUAUAUAGGCCUUGGCGUGUAUAUAUGCUGUCUCCUGCUGGUUUACCACUUACAAAUCAGACCUUCUGCGGCGUAAGGAGGGUGUUCUGAUUGGUAGAAGCAGAAUUGAUGUGUCUUUUAUGGACACAACUGAUUUAUGCUAACUAACUCUGUUGUUGGGAGUUUGAUUGUAAAAGCCCAUAAAGUAAACAUGCUGCAAUAUACAGUGGUCUUUUUGCUAAGACCCCUGAGGAUCUUACUCUCUUAGGUUAAACUAACAUAACUAAUACGGUAGUUACUGCUGUGUUCCUCUGCAGAGCAUCUAGCUAUGACCAAUCAUUUGCAGGGUGUCAUAAACCGUAAGCUGAUUAUAGAUGAUACACUGGGGAACAGCCACAAAUACACCACUAUCUGCAGUUCACAAUCUGUCCUCUGCAAAAUCACAACUCAAAUUCGCAUUAUAUUUUGUUAGAAAAAAAUUGCAAUUUGAAUGCUUAUUCAAUGCUGUAACCAUGAGUGACACAUGCCACUGUAUAGAUUUCCUCCCAACACAUUGCUGUUUUUCAUUUUAAUACUAGCCCUUAAAGAUGAGAUUUCAGUAACAAUUCACUUCAUCAUAUGGGAGCAAUGCAUAGUCCUUGGUGCCUUUGCCCGGGCGCAGAGAGCCCUUUGCGCAUUACAGGAAGUAGUACGGAAUUCCACGUCCUCCUGCGUGUCUCACAAAUGUAAUUUGCACAAUGUUAUAGGAUUGUAAUGAUGGUUAUUAAGCUUGGAACAUAUUGUUUCAUUAUUGUUGUAUUUGUUAACACAACACACCCAAGUAAAACUGGUUAAAAACUGA